CCGGCUACGGACCGCUAAAGCCGCUGGGAAGCGUUUGAGGGCAGCCUCUUCCGUUCGGCGCCUGCAAGGUCACCUGAGCGAAGAUGGCGGCGGGAACGGCUGCCGCCCGGGAAGGCGGCGAGGAUGCCUUCCGCCAGCUUUUCCGCUUUUACCGGCGAUGGGAAGGCUCGGACCGGGCGGGGCUGAUCGACUUUUCGAAGCCAGCCGCGCGGCAGGUGGUCAGUUCUCCCCUCAUCCAUUCUUCAGUAAGUGAUCAAGAUGCCUACAGACUAGGACUGAAACCGGUUAGCUUGUGGAAGGCUUAUGGUCUGGAUAAUUAUCCAGGAUUUAUAUUUAUCUCAAACCCCUUCCUUCCGGGCUGCCAGCGCCACUGGGUGAAGCAAGGUCUCAAGCAGUACACCCAGAAACCCAAUGUGUGCAAUUUGGAUAUGCACAUGCCUUCUAAGGAGACCACAGAUCUUUGGGGAAAGAGUCAACAGCAGCUGCGAAACAAAAGUUCCAGCAAACGAGAGACAAAAAGUUUACUGGAGAAGCUGCGCUGGGUGACUCUUGGGUACCAUUAUAACUGGAAUACCAAGAAAUACUCAGCUGAUCACUAUACCCCCUUUCCAUCUGACCUGGCUUUCCUUUCGGAGCAAGUGGCUAAAGCUUGUGGAUUUCCAGGCUUCCAAGCAGAAGCAGGGAUCCUGAACUACUAUCACUUCGAUUCUUCUCUAGGGAUUCAUGUGGAUGAGUCUGAGCUGGAUCAUUCUAGACCCCUCCUGUCAUUCAGUUUUGGACAAUCAGCUAUAUUCUUGUUGGGGGGGCUGAAACGGGAUGACGCCCCUGUGGCCAUGUUGAUACAUAGUGGUGACAUGAUGGUCAUGUCCGGCUUCAGCCGUCUGCUACACCACGCUGUUCCCAGAGUUCUGCCCAAUCUCGAGGGGGAGCCCCUGCCUUCUUGCUUGGAGCUGCCUGUCCCUGCUGACCUUCCUGCAGACUCAGUUAUCGAGCCCUGCUCCCAAGACGAUUGGCAAGUCUGUGCCAAAUACCUGCAAGGAUCCCGUAUCAACAUGACCAUCAGGCAAGUUCUGGCUGAAGGCCACAGCUUCCCAGUUGCAACUGGGAUAGAAGACAAACAAGAUGGUGUCUCCAGAGGUUCCUAUCAUGAAGAGAACAGUGAAAUCAAAAGGCACAAAUUUGAUCCAGACAGCUGAGACCCCCAGGAGGCCUUCUUUUCCUUCAGUGGUGGCCCAUUGUGAGGCCCAGCUCAACCUGCAGGCUGCUCUACCCGCUGCCAUAGUCACUCACCUGAACCCAGGGAAACCUAAAAAUGCUGGUGAAAGGGCCAGGGAUGGUGUGUGGCCAAGUGAGCCACGCGAGAGGAAGGGACAACCAGUGUCCCCGUUGCCAGCCCAUCCAGGAUGGCGGUGGGAGGGGCAGUGCCCAGCAGCAUGGCAGGCCAGUUGCUCAGCUGUCCACCCACUUGGCCUGACAGGAGGGCCGAUGGUGGGGUAGCAGGCCUGGCCGGUAAGGGACCAAGGGUAGUCUCACCUUUGUGCCCACGCAGGCUUGGCUCUGGCUGUUGGGGGAGGGGAGGGAAAAGGCCUCCUGGGAAGAGUGGGGAGGCAGGGUCAAAACCAGCCCCUGCAUAAAGUAGGCAAGAGAAAUAGCAGAAGAGGGGUGAGCAGGCUGGAAGGGAGAUCCCUGCCUCAGGGCACAGGGUGGAAGAGAUCCUCAGGGAGCAGCAAACCUCAUUCCUGGGGGCUGCUGAGAAGGCUCAGAGCUGAAGGGCUUGGCUCUGGCUGUUGGGGUGGAGUAACCACAACGCCCUCCAUUGUAACCUCAACUACCUUCAAUAAAAACAACAUAGUAGCAACAGUGCACAAUCUCAUGAUUCUUGAGGGGUGGGGAUGGAUGGGCAGUAUGACAUACUCUGCUCCUAGCAACCCCUACACCAAUAUUGGACACAGCCCAGCGAGGGAAGGUGUAUUAUCCAGCCAGAUGGGGGGGGGGACUGAUGCUUGGAAGAAUUUUUGACUCAACCAGAAUUACGGUUAUUGGCAAGGUCUCUCCAAGUUCCCACAGUGGUUGGUCUCUUCUAGGUCCCAGAGAAAAUUCAUAUCACUUGAGUUAAUACAACUUGUACAGAAUACCUGCCCUGUCUCUGUUACCCACUUUGAGAAUGAAGGCACCUGCAAAAGGAGCAAGAGAUUAAGUAGCACGUUUGCAUGGUCUGAUGGAGCAACCUGCCUGAAGCGAAGCCUGUCUGCUUCCGGUUAGGGCCUGUAUAGGAGGCCACAUGGGAACCACAAAGGACAUUUUAAUGAACCAAAUUUUCACCUAACUUUAAAUUGCAGUGAACCUCCAAAGACAUUUUGUUUGCAGCCCCUUAACGUGCAUCUCUGCUUGGCAGCCAUUGGCUUACCCUGAAUACUGCUCUGAUGGAGUCACGCUGUGUCAUCUAGAGACGUACUGUAUGCCUCACAAUGUGUUUAUUACCCUUUGACUGGUGCAGAGGGCUCAU